AUGGCAGCCUUACAAGUGCCCAACAACAACGGAAAACUCAGCAUGGCACGGGCGAAAGCGGAGCUCCCCUGGGCUGCACUGACUCUGUGGCUUCUCCUCAUGUGGUCUGUGCCCGGUGCGGAGGCUUACGAUGCGGGAGACGCCAUCGCUCUGCUGCUGGGCUCCGUGAUCACCGGGGUGGGCUUGUGCGCCUGUCUGGGCUGGUACACGCGCAGGAGGAACGAGCAGCUGUGA